AUGGAUGAUGUCAAUCUCCCCUCAAAGAUCAAAGAGGUAAUCAGGGAGGUUCACGGAAAGGUCAACCGUCUCAACACCGCCCGAAUUCCGCUUUGUCUCCCGCCCCGAGCAAAGUCGCCGGCCAUCUAUGCACUGGGACUUGCGCGGUAUGCCGAGAUUUUUCUGGGCCUGGAGAAGGUCUGGCAUGCCCAGAUUGGGGACGCCUCAGAAUGGAUGGGGAACAUCAGCGACGAGCCAAGCUCCUACAAGAGCGACAAGGAGAGAGUGCAAGCGGCCCUACGAAUGAUAUACCUUCCCGAGCUUUUGCGAACAAGGCACCUGCAAGCUGACUUUGCGGCCCUGAAACUGCUGGAUCCAGAGAUGGCCGGUCUCGACUCGGAGCAAGGACACGCGGGCAGCGAGAUUCGAAAGCACAUUGAGGAAUGUGUCUCCGGAAAGCCGCAUCUCCUCGUGGCUUACGUAUGGAUCAUGUACCAAGCCCUGUUCAACGGCGGACGCUUUAUUCGCGCGCAGCUCCUCAAGGCCGGUCCCGAAUUCUGGGGUUUACCUGCCGACGAGGCGGAUCUCACUGCCUUUCCACCACCGCUGUCGUUCUGGCGCGUCGAAGAGGACGAGUUUGUCAAGGCCCGGUUCAGAGACUGCGUCGUGACGGCGGACAGACUGCUGACCGAGCCUGAGAGGCAGGAAAUUUUUGAUGAAGCAGUGGGAAUCUUCAGGCGCUGUGAACUCAUUACACUCCAAUUGGAUGAUGAUGCUACAAGGGGCAGAGCUCACGAACCAUGUUGA